AGUUCCUCAUUUGGACUGGGGAGCACCCCAUGCUAAACUGGGAGCACUGGUGUGGACCUCUAAGCUCAGGGGAGCUGAACUGGGAGCACUGUACUCUAGACUGGGAGCACUGGUGUGGACAGGGGAGCACCCGAAGCUGGACUGGGAGCACUGGUGUGGACUGGGGAGCGCCCCAGGCUGGACUGGGAGCACUGGUGUGGACUGGCUGUUGCUCAUUCCCCGGGAGCCACACAGGCAGCGCUGUCCCUACCAGUCCCACCAUGGCACUGCCACCCGCUGGCCUCCUGCCCGGUGUUCUGCUGGUGGCCGACGCCCUGGCACUGGUGUUACUGGUGCCGCUGGUGCCCGUCCUGGCACCGCUGGGAGUGCUGGGCCUGUGGCUCGAGGCCGCCCUGCGCCUGCCCAUCCUGACCGUGGCCACUUGGCUGCUGGCCUCUCGCCGUCCCUCCGGGGCCACCGCGGCCGCCGUCACGGUCGCCGCCACCCCCGCGGUCUUCGGAACGUUCCGGCACCUCCUGGGGCCGCCCGGUGCCAGCCCGGGGCUGUUGGCAGCUGCGGCGCCCGCCUGGCUCGGGGUCACCCAUGCCGCUGCCACCCUGGCCAUGCUGGCCUGGGCUGCGCCCCCGGCCCCCAGCGGUGUCCCCAAGACCCCUGGUGAUGUCCCCAAGACCCCCGGAGGUGUCCCCAAGGCUCCCGGCAGCGUCCGGCGCGCUGUGGCGCUGACCUGGGAGGAGCGGAAGGUCCUUGGAGCUGCUGUCCUCUGCCUCAUCCUGGCCGUUGUUGGGGAGAUGUCGGGGCCGUACGUCACCGGGAAUGUGCUGGAUGCCAUCGGGAGUGGGGAUGGAGUCACCGCCGGAGCUGUCGGGAUGGUGGCGGCUGCUGGAGCCACAAGCGUGCUGUUUUCUGGGUGCCGGGGGUCUCUCUUCAUGCUGUUGAUGGCACGUCUCCGUCAGAGCCUGAGCCUCCGGCUCUUUUCCCACCUGGUGCACCAAGACCUGGACUUCUUCCAGGGCACACCAGCAGCUGAGCUCUUGGCUCAGUUUUCCAUGCAAGUGCCACGGGUGUGCAGGUCAGUACCAGCUGGAGCCAACCAGCUGCUCCGGAGCCUGCUGAUGGCCCUGGUGGUGGGGGGAUUCAUGGUGAGGCUGGCACCAGGCCUGGCACUGCUGGCACUGCUGGAGGUGCCCCUUGGAAUUGCCAACCGCCGCAUCCAGACCACCCGGAAACAGGCCCUUCAGCGAUCCAUGCUGGAAGCAUCCGCCCGGACGGCCUCGGGGGUGCAGGAAUCUGUUGCCGCCAUCGAGACAAUUCGAACCUUUUCAGCGGAGGAGGAGGAGGAGGAGCAGCACAGAUGGAACCUGGCCAAGGAGCUGAGGCUGAAGGAGCAGAUAGAGCUGGAGCUGGCAUUCUUCACCCUUGUCCACAGGGUGAUUAAACUGGCCAUCCGGGUCAUGGUGCUCUUCCGGAGCCACCAGCAGCUCCGUGAUGGACACAUCACUCCUGGAGUCCUCGUCACCUUCCUGCUGUACCAGGACAGAGUUGGUGGCCAUGUCCAGGUGCUGCUCUACGGCUUCAACGAAUUCCUGACCAACGCAGCUGCUGGACAGAAGAUCUGGGAAUACCUGGAUCGGAAACCCUCAGGGAAUGUCGGGGGGACACGGGAGCCCCCCGAGCUUCAGGGCCAUGUCACUUUUCAGAAGGUCUCCUUCACAUAUCCUGGGAAUCCAGAGCACCCUGUGCUGAAGGACGUCACCUUUGAGGUGCGCUCCGGGGAGGUGACAGCGCUGGCGGGGCCCAAUGGCAGCGGGAAGAGCACGGCCGUGGCACUGCUGGAGCGGCUGCGGGAUCCUGGCAGUGGGACCGUGCUGCUGGACGGGAUCCCGCUGCCAGAAUAUGAACACCAGUACCUGCACCGCAAGGUGGUGCUGGUGGAGCAGGAUCCCGUCCUGUUUUCUGGAACGAUCCGUGAAAACAUCAUACUGGGGCUGGAGCACUGCAAGGAGUCAGAGCUGCAGGAGGCCGCCACUGCUGCUGGAGCCAUGGACCUCAUCCAGGGGCUGGAGCAGGUCUGGGACACUGAGGUGGGGGAGCGUGGGGGGCGGCUGGCGGCAGGAGAGCGGCGCCGUGUGGCCCUGGCCCGGGCUCUGCUCCGGCGUCCGGCCGUGCUCAUCCUUGACGAGGCACUGGAUGAUGGAGACGACGGAGCGGCACAGCGCUGGGUGCGCACUGGGCUGGCCCAGACCGUGCUGGUUGUGUCCCACCGGCCGCGGGUGCUGGAUGGGGCCGAUCGCCUGGUGGUGCUGGAGCGCGGGGCUGUGAUGGAGACGGGAACGCCGGCGGAGCUGCGGGAACGCCGGGGCGCCUACAGCCGCCUGCUCCUUGGAGGAGGCAGCACUGGGCAGCCCGAGGCCCCCAGGAUGGGCAGCAAGACGGGGGCUGCAUCUGGCAGGGAAUAAAGGGGAAUUAGCCCCAGUGUGGCCAUUCCCGGUGUUGGUGUCACCAGCCAGCUGCUGGUGUCCCUGUCGCAGUGUCCUGUGAAUCCCUUAUCUCCACAUCCUCUGGAUCCCAAUUCCCUGUGUCCCCCAUGUCCCCACUGUGUUCCCUGGAUGUCUCUGUCCCCUGUAUCCACCAUGUCCCCAUGAUCCCUGGUCCCCGUGUCUGCUCCUGGACAUGGGACACAGAGUGGGAAAUGAAUUCCAAGGAAUGGAUCUAGGCAUGGGUGUAACGUUCUCAUCCCACUCCUGCUGUGCUCAGUCCAAGCUCCUGGUGUCCCCAGUCCUUUCCCAGUCUCCCAAUCCCCAGUGUCUUCAUCCCAGUUCCUAAUGUCCCCUUUUCUAUUCCUGUUUCCCGAGAGGAAGUGCUGGGCACUGGAGGAGGGAACUGGGAUUUAUUGCCCAAACCAGGGUAUUUUUACAACAGAAUUAAAACAUUUUGAACAACUGUGA